UUCGAUAUUUUUCAUUAUCACAAGACACCAAAAAAAACCAAAACAACACAAAUAAAGUCUUACCUGGACGUUGGCCUCCCUUGUGGAACUAUAAUAGAGUAAAAAGAGGAUAAGCAUCAUGUCGUGGGUUGCCGACUACGAGUAUACAUGGCUGGAGAGGAUUUUCAUGCGGGCACUUCGGACCUGUGGCCACAUACCCAAACACGUCGCCUUCGUUAUGGAUGGUAAUCGUAGAUUCGCCCGCUCCCAGCAAAUAGAUAAGAUAGAGGGACACUCGCGUGGCUUCUCGAAGCUGGCGGACUGCCUCCGCUGGUGCCUGGACCUCGGCAUACGCGAGGUGACCACGUUCGCCUUCAGCAUCGAGAACUUCAAGCGGUCCAGCGAAGAGGUCGAGGGCCUCUUUAACCUGGCUCGGGACAAGUUUGGAAAGCUGCUGAAGGAGACCGACCGCCUGAACCAGCACGGGAUUCGUAUCCGGGUGAUUGGCAACAUUGAACUGCUGCCGCUGGACUUGCAGAAACUCGUUGCCACGGCCAUGCUGACUACGGAGGACAACGACAAGCUCUUUCUGAACGUGGCCUUUUCUUACACCUCUCGCGACGAGAUGACCCAGGCGCUGGAGACGGUGCUGCAGCAGAGCAAUAAUUCCAUCAGCGGGAGUAACAUAAGUGAGCGGCUCCUGGAGGAAUGUAUGUACACGAGGCACUCACCAGCCCCGGAUCUGGUCUUUCGCACCUCGGGCGAGACCAGGCUGAGCGACUUCAUGAUGUGGCAGCUUAGCGGAUCGGUUCUGUACUUCAGCAAUGUCCUGUGGCCUCAGAUAACCUUCUGGAACUUUUUGGCCAGCAUCCUAGCCUAUCAGCGGGACAGAUACCGGCUGGACAAGUUUAGGCAGGCGGAACAUAUUCGGAGCGCACAGUUGGCAUGGAGCAGUGACUUCCACAGCGAGGGAGUGCAGCAGUUCCUGCACAGCAUGGAUGAGGAUCGACGGAAACUGCUUGUCCGGCUGGCCUCCAGCAAAAUGUGUUAGAUAAUUGUAUAUAACUAUUACUAUUAAAAAAUAUAAAAAA